AGGAGAUGCCCGAACAGCACCGAGUGGCCACCGCAGCCGCCCAGCCUCAGUUCCAGGGCUCUCCGGGGCUCGGACUCUGGCCCUAUCACUCCACUUGGGAAGUCUGAGCAUCCUCUCUCUCCUUCCUGCGGCGGUGGCAGCUGCAGCCCAGCCGCCUCUGUCUCUUUAAGAGAGAGAGAGAGAAAGAGUGAGAUCAGGAAGUGUGAGAGGGCUGAGCGCCUGGCUGGAUCUGAGCUCAGUGUCUGCCUCUCCGGAAGGCAGGGAGGAAACCCCGGGCUCCAGCUCUCCCAGCUCCCAGCAGCACACGGCCCCUUCCAGCAGCCCAGUCCUCAGGACCCCGUGGCCCGUGGCCACCAGGAUGCCAUGGGCGCUGCCCAUGAGUGACAGCAAACCCUGAGAGCUCUGUGGGUGCCAACCGGUCCCACAGCUGAGAUGGGCUCAGCGCCUGGACUUGCCACAGACGGAAAGCAUAGCAUAUACUCACCGCCCGGGAGAGUCUCUGCCUGAUCCAGGGCUGCUCAGAGCUCGGGGCACAAGGUGGCUGGCCAGCCAGGGGCAGGAGAUGCAGAGCACCGUCAAUUACCUGUGGCACACGGACGACCUGCUGGGGCAGGGGGCCACUGCCAGUGUGUACAAGGCCCGGAACAAGAAAUCCGGGGAGCUGGUUGCUGUGAAGGUCUUCAACACGGCCAGCUACCUGCGACCCCGAGAGGUGCAGGGGAGGGAGUUUGAGGUCCUGCGGAAGCUGAACCACCCGAACAUCGUCAAGCUCUUUGCCGUGGAGGAGACGGGGAACAGCCGGCAGAAGGUGCUGGUGAUGGAGUACUGCUCCAGCGGGAGCCUGCUGAGCGUGCUGGAGAGCCCGGAGCACAGCUUCGGGCUGCCCGAGGAGGAGUUCCUGGUGGUGCUGCGCUGUGUGGAGAACCCCAGAGGAACCUUGACACCCCACGUCCCUGAACGCCCCUCCUUUGCCCGGUGCCCAUCUGUUCUGCUCUUCCCACGGCCCUGUCAGCCCAUGGGAAAUCUGUCUGGACCCACGGGCAGCCAUCCCCCCAAGGCGCGUCCCCAGCUAGAGCCGCUAGCAGCCCUCGCCCUGUCCCCAGCGGCUGGCAUGAACCACCUGCGGGAGAAUGGCAUCGUCCACCGCGACAUCAAGCCCGGGAACAUCAUGCGCCUCGUGGGGGGGGAGGGGCAGAGCAUCUACAAGCUGACGGACUUCGGGGCUGCUCGUGAGCUGGACGACGAUGAGCAGUUCGUCUCUGUCUACGGGACUGAGGAGUAUCUGCAUCCUGACAUGUAUGAGCGGGCGGUUCUUCGCAAGCCCCAGCAGAAGGCAUUUGGGGUGACUGUGGAUCUCUGGAGCACUGGGGUGACCCUGUACCAUGCCGCCACCGGCAGCCUGCCCUUUGUGCCCUUCGGUGGGCCCCGGCGCAAUAAGGAGAUCAUGUACCGGAUCAUCACGGAGAAGCCGGCCGGGGCCAUUGCUGGCACACAGAAGCGGGAAAAUGGGCCCCUGGAGUGGAGUUACACCCUCCCCAUCACCUGCCAGCUGUCCAUGGGUCUGCAGAGCCAGCUGGUGCCCAUCCUGGCCAACAUCCUGGAGGUGGAGCAAGCCAAGUGCUGGGGCUUCGACCAGUUCUUUGCAGAGACCAGUGACAUCCUGCAGCGCGUUGUCGUCCAUGUCUUCUCCCUGUCCCAGGUGGUCCUGCACCACAUCUACAUCCAUGUGCACAACACGGUAGCCAUCUUUCUGGAGGCUGUGUAUGAGCAGACCAGCGUGGCCCCCCAGCACCAGGAGUACCUCUUUGAGGGUCACUGCUCUGUCCUCAAGCCCAACCUCUCGGCAAAGCACAUCGCCCACACGACAGCAAGCAGCCCCCUGAUCCUGUUCAGCAUAGCCAACGAGACUCCCAAGGGGCUGGCCUUCCGGGACCCUGCUCUGGACAUCCCAAAGUUUGUCCCCAAAGUGGACCUGCAGGCAGAUUACAACACAGCCAAGGGUGUGCUGGGCGCUGGCUACCAGGCCUUGCGGCUGGCCCGGGCCCUGCUGGCUGGGCAGGAACUAACGCUUCGGGGGCUCCACUGGUUCUUGGAGGUGCUCCAGGCCACCUGCAAGCGGACCCUGGAGGUCACACGGGUGGCCCUGCUCUUCCUCAGCAGCAGCCUGGGCACGGAGAGGCUCAGUGACAUGGCUGAGGUGCGUGGGACCCAGGAGCUGAGGAGGGCCACGGAGCUGAGGACCCAGCUGCGGGCUCUGGCUGAGGUCCUCUCCAGGUGUUCCCACAACAUCACAGAGGCCCAGAUGAGCAUGGGCCACCUGAGCUCGGAGCUGGCGAAGAACCGGGAUCAGGUACAUGAGGACAGAAGCAUCCAGCAGAUUCAGUGUUGUUUGGACAAGAUGUACGUCACCUACAAACAGUUCAGGAAGUCCAGGAUGAGGCCAGGUCCCAAGCAUUUCCUGACAUGUACACUGAGGGUCUUGGGCUUGACUGCCAAGUUCUCUUCCACCCCUCGGAUUACCUAACAGCACUGUCCCAUAGAAAUACGGUGGCAGCCGCAUAAGAAUUUUCAGUUCUCUAGUAGACACAAUUUGAAAAGUGGAAAGAAACAGGUGAAAUUAAUUUUAAAAUAUAUUUUACUCAACCCCCUAUAUCCAAAUUGUCAUUUCAGCAGGUAAUCACUGUAAACAAAACUUUUGAAAAGAGGUCUUACAUUUUUUUUUUCUGUGCUGAGUCUUCACAAUCACACGUGUGUUUUACACGGUACGUCCCUGUUCGGAAGCUAAUUUCUUUUCACAAAGUGAAAUGUAGUGAAAAUGUAAUCUUACCAAAAGUAAAAUGUAGGUCUUACAAGACAAUAAAGCUGUGUUUAAUUGGAAAAAAAUAUUUUCCAAGGCUUCAGCUUUAAAUUUUUAAUUAAUUGAAUUAAUUAAAUGAAAAUAAGAAUUCAGUUCCUCUGUCACAACAUCCUCAUUCAGUGAUCAGUAGCCACCAGUAAAUGUCUGGUGGCCACCGUGUUAGACACACAGAUCUGGAAAAUGGGCUCCCUCCUGGGAGCGCCAGUCCUGCCUCGGGGUCUGCCCUGCAGGGGUGGGCAGAGCAGCGCAGGAGACCGGAAACCCCAGACUGCCUUGUCCCCAAAGGCGGUGGGGCCUUGUGGCCCCACUAGCUGUGAUUUUAGGGAACCCUUGGAGUCUUCUCUGCCUCCAUCCCUGGAAUUCCAUAAUCCUGCCAUCCCUACCCCCUGAGCACCUCCCAUAAUGUGGGGCACUGUCCUCGAUGCUGGGCAGAUUCUGAAUUUAUUUAAUGCUCAUAAAAACUCCAGACACCCUAACCACCCCCUCUCCCAUUAUAGGUGAGGAAACUGAGGCACUGGAAGGCUAAGUGGCCCCAACAAUCUAGGUCCAGCUUCAAACCACCCCCUGUUACAGCCUCAAAGAGUUUCCGACAUUUUGGGGGUUUAUUGGCCUGCAAGGGUCCUUUAUUAAAACUGAAAACGACCCAGGCAGAAUAACUCUUGAGUACUAACACCCGUGUUUAAGAUGCUGUUCUGAAAAUGCGCCCUGACUUCAGGGCCUCCUGUCCCGUCGUGGUGGAUGGCCAAAGAGUUCCGUGAGGUGGGCCCCUGGCUCCAGCUCCCUGCUACUAGCAGGCAGGGCUGGGGCUGGGAGCUCGGACCUCACACGUGUUCCACUGGCUGAGAGCGGGGCCCAGGAUGAAGAGCCCAGGGGGGUUAGGGGCUGUUAGGGGCAGGAGCGGCGCAGCAAGGCGGACCUCCCCGUCAUUUCCUUGGGGGAGCCACUAGCCGAGGCCCAUUCCCUAGGCGCCCGGGAGGGGGCGGCAUCGCCCUAGUGCACUGACACACCGGGAGGUGGCCGAGGCCUCUAAACUGCAGCCGGCCUGGCAAAAGUGGCUGCACCCAGGAGGGGAGGUAGAGAGCGGUGGCCCUGCUUACGCGGGGUUGGGAGGGGGGCGGGCUGCGUACCUUUCAAGGCCCAUCCAUCCACCACUCCCCACCCAAGGCGCAUGCUUCCACCCCUCCCCACGGGUUGGCCGGCCCCCGGAGCACUAUAGCCAUUGCUCUAC